AUGGCAGACACGGAGGAGCCUCACUUUACGACCCUAGCUGAGCGUAUCGCCGCCCUCAACCAACAGAAGAAUUUCAAGUCGCCCAGUCCCCCUCUCCGCAAGCUCCCUCCCACUCUAGAUCAGGCCAAGUUACCGCCAUUACCCCCUACCCGGCGCGAGUUGGAGGCGCGAGCAAAAGAUGCUGCCGAGAAAGAAGCAGCAGCCGCGGCGGCUGCGGCUCCUCCGAGGACUAUCCCCGUCAAGGCACCACUCCUACCGUCAAAAUCAGCACCCACCAUCCCCCGUGCCGUGUGCGAGGGGUAUGCUCGUGUGUACGAGUCGAUUGCCAAGCGGGCGGGUCUGGAGUGUAUUGUCGUUGGCGGGCAUGGAAAGGGAUAUGGCUACACGCCCCUGGCGAAGGAUGCCCCUGUUCCUCCGCGCGAUGCGACUGGCCAUGCCUGGAACGCCGUAAAGAUCGACAACGGCGAGUGGAAGCUGCUCGACGCCUGUUGGGGCGCCGGCUCCGUGGGCAACCAGCAGUACCAGAAGCACUUCAAGCCCGAGAUGUUCACGCGGCCCAACGACCUCUUCGGGCUGAAGCACUUCCCCGAGGACGAGCGGCACCAGUUCCGCAGCGACGGCCGCGCCAUGAGCUGGGCCGAGUACAUCGUGGGGCCGGUGCGCGGCGAGCCCGCGCAGUGGUACGGCGCCGCGACCGAGGAGGGCCUGUCCGAGUUCACCUUCUCGCCGCGCGAGCGCCACGUCCCCGUGCACAGCGGCGAGGUCGUGCGCUUCCAGUUCUCCAAGAUCUGCGAGCACUGGACGCCCGAGAAGAACGGCAGGGGCAAGCCCAUGCUGCUCAUGGUCAAGAUCCACGGCCCCGACGGCCGCAAGGACGACCUCGUCCCCCUCGACUCGGACGGCUUCUGGUGGUGGGCCGACAUCCCCGCGCGCGACCUGGGCGCGCCCGGCCAGACGAUCUCGCUGUACGGCCUGGACACGCUGAACGGGCAGAGCGCGCGGGGCGUCUCGAAGGCCGAGUUCCUGUCGAAGAAGGGCCGGUGCGGCAUGAGCUGGGUGGGCAUCGCGGCCUGGGAUCUUGUCUGA